AUGGUUUUCUUUAAGGGUUGCUAUGUUGGAGAUCAUGGUCUAGCUGUUGUUGGACAGUCUUAUGCUGGUUUAGUUGAAUUAGCUCUUGGUUGUGGGACUUCAUUGAAAGCUCUUGGUAUUGCUGCUUGUGCUAAGAUAACUGAUGUCUCACUGGAAGCAGUGGCCGUACAUUGCAAGUCUCUUGAGACCCUUUCUUUAGAUUCUGAGUUCAUGCACAACAAAGGAGCAAAUCAAACUGGAAAAUUAUUUCUGAAUUCCAUUGAGCAAGGAAGUUGUCUUGUUCUGCUUACAAGGUUCCGCGGAAACAUCUCUGGUUGUGGGAUUGAGAAGCUAGUUAGUGGGAAUGGUGGCUAUUCUGACUACUCUCUUGAUGAUGUUACCAAUAAAUUGGGAGAUAGAGUUAGAAGUUUAAAUGAAAACUGUGAACUUACAAGUUCUAAAGGAACCUGGGAGAGUUCUUGUGAUUUUUGUGUGAAGAGCUGGGAAGACAUUAGGGGAAUGGAUUCACCAUCUACAAAACAUGAGCCUGUUAACAUUGAAAAUGAAAUGUGUAGGUUCGCGGUUUUGGUGUCGAUUAUUGGUAGCAGGAUUGAAGAUGUUGGAUAUAUUAACCCAUUUUCACAUACCUUGGGGGACAAACACUCAACUCUGCUGGUCUGUGUUUUUUGCAUAAUAAAAGAAAGGGAAGACAUAAAGCAUAGUAAGAAGAAUAGCAUUAGAAAAGGUGUAUGGAUUCUAAUUGGUUUCCUAAUAGGAGUUGUAAUGAUGGUAUUGGGUGCUGCAUGCUUCCUGGAUGUCCUUACAAAAGAGCCUGCUUGCCGAAAAGUACCUGUCAAGGAAGUGUAUGCUGCAACAAACAAUCUCUGUGAAUCAAAUGUAAUUGGUGAAGGAACUGCAGCAAUCCUAACAGGUGUUAUUUUUAAAUCAGGAAAGGUCUACAAAGGGAUACUAUCAAAUAAGCAACCCGUACCAAUUAAGCACAUCAUUAAUGAUGAAGAUGUUGAAACAUUUGUCAGGGAACUUACUAGCUUAGCACAUAUAAGACACCCGAACCUUGUAGCUUUGCUUGGUUGUUGUGUAAGGAAAGAUGAUGGUUUCCUUAUUUAUGAGCUUUGUCCAAAUGGGAACCUCUCUGAAUGGAUUUUUGGUAUUUCCUGA